UUUAGCCUCCUUAUACAGACCAAUCAUAAGCCUAUCUGUCCCGCCGUUCGCUGGCUGCUCCCCCAGCGUUGGCGGGCUGGCCAGUGAACUACCAAUAAAACAAAAUUUCGUUGGCGGGCUCACCAACGAACUACCAAUAAAACAAUAGUUUGUUCGCUGGCUGCUCCGCUAGCGUUGGCGGGCUGGCUAGUGAACUACCAAUAAAACAAGAUUUCGUUGGCGGCAAACAAUGCUACCAAUAUUCGCGUUGCCGCUGAUCUCAUCUGGCUCAUUUCGCCUUGUCAAAUUCUUGCCGGAGCUCUGUUCUUCUCCUUUCCUUGAGUUCAACAGCCCAAGAUGACAGUUGAUUCGGGAAUACUGUCAAUUUUGAAGGCCUUACUGCGAGUAUCUCCAGACUUGCUAAGGGUCCAUCGCAUGGAUGUAAUUCUUGCUCUCGAGACAAUUGCAGAAUGAGUUGGAGUAACAGUUAUUCGACACCCUUCCAGUGCAUCCUAUCUGCAGGUGCACACUGCUACUCGCUCCUUCCACUCUUCUCCUACUCCUAUCAACAACGAAUUGCUUCAGCAAACCACUGGCACUCUAGACAAUGCUUAUGAAGAUGGUUUGAUCUGUUCCGUUUCUGUGGGCCCUGGAUCAGUUCAGCAACCCACUGCUCCAAAUUCCACUUCUGAAAAGGAGAAUUCAGUACCCGAAGAUGAGACGCAACCUAUGAUGGGUGCUGUACUUUCAGAGACAUGCUCUUCCAAUUCCAGUUCCCCUCCCUCGCCUCGGGCUCAGCGUCUUUUACAGAAGAUAAAAGAAAAACUCAAUGACAUCUGCCAAUUCUCGAAACACAGUCCACACAACAUAGUCGAAGGAUUUUUUGAGAAUUUAUGGAGUGAAGACUGUCGCCUUGACCAUAUAAAAAGCAUUACCGGAAAGCACACACCAGAGCCUAAGAAAAGAUUCAUCCAGUGCCUUGCUCAGCAAUCCCUAGCACUUGAUUUCCAUCAAUGGGAAAGCAAUCUGCAACAAGCAGGAAGCACAAGGCUAGAUGAUGUGUCCAGAAUACCGUCAUCAGCCAGGAGUAAGAAUGGGAACUUUAGACAUUACGUGGAACGCGUGGCCAGGUUCAUUGACACUGAAACUGCUUACAUCGCGCUCAAGCGUGGAACUAAACAACUGGCAGUUGAGAAUGUGUGUAACACCUCUGGAAUAGAGAUAGCAAUAUCCUUUGCGUAUGGAUCCUUUGAUGCUCUGACUUAUCUAGAUAUUCAUAACUUUUGUUCCCUUCUCAAAGAUCAAAAAAAGAUACUUGAUACCCUCAAAAAAGUUUCAUGUUGGGUUGAGUUGAGCCAGUCAACAUACAAUGGACGCAGGCAAAAUAAACGACGUUGCCCUGAAAGCCCCCAAUCCCGCUCGUCCUCCUACGCAGCCAGACGCCGUCGUUUGGUUCCACAACCCCGUAUCAUUAGAGAAAUCAGGCCACGAUUCUCUGGAGGAACCGCUGCCAGAGUACCCAAUGAUACGCAGAAUUCUGAAAACCCAUCGGCACCUAACCUUCAUCCCCCUGAAAUGGACUAUCCAGAUUCGACAGCCCUCUAUGGCACCGAUGGGAAUCUGCCUCGAUACCAAACAAGGAAUUCCCCGAGUUCGUGCCAGUCUAGCGGACUGGAUUCUCUGGCAAAUGCUGCGACCAACCUAUCUCAUUCUUUAGAGGCAGUGAAUCCAGGGCGCAGAGAUAACGGUUCUGGAUCAUACAAUACGAAUAUUGAGCAGCCGAUGCCUUCUAGAAAUUAUUCUUCUGAAUCAUACAAUACUAAUAUAGAGCAGUCGAUGCCUUCCCAGGAUUACCCUCAAAGCACAGAGGAGCAUCCAAUCAGCCCCUUUGACCCCUCAGUAUACAUGGAAAUGGGGACCUUACCAAGUGCUAGAGGAGUGGAACAUCCAACUCACCCUUUCGACCCUUCCAGUUAUAUGCAGAUAGGGACUUUGCCAUAUGACGAUGAGGCGGGACGUUCAACUACCCCUUUUGACCCUUCUAUGUAUAUGCAAAACGGGAUACAUGCAAAUGGGAACUUUGCAUUACCAGUAUCAAGCCAACUGCAGUCUUCAUACCCGAUGAAUAUUAACGUUAAUACUUGCGAUCUCAGGCCUACCGUGGACGACCGACAAAGAGACACACUAGUGUUGGAAGAAGCUCGCCAGUCCCGUCAUGGUAUAUAUAUGUCCCAGGAUCUAGGGACCCACCGGGAAGCAGACAUGGGUCGCCGGAUAUUUUGUUGAUCGGGAUAAUGUAUUCAGGACCGGUUUUGUUGGCGAUGGGUAUACGCGUGGAAAUUCGCCAUGCAGUGUAGCCGAAGUGCUUGAAGCGGGGCGUUAGACUAAUGUCUGGUUUGGAAAGAUUUUCACUUACACUGAGCUUCAAGGCCUCUAGAAGAGGAACAACAUAAUCAUUAAGGCUUUCAUUCGCAUAUUUCACAUUCCCAUUGCUCUCAGUCAUCUCAACAACUGCUUUGCCAGUCAAAAUGGCAUCUUGUAACUUCUUGAGUUUUUCGUUUCCCUCUUCUGAAAUUUGAUGGCACUCUGUCAAUGUAGGCAUUAUAACAAAACGACUUGUCGAGAAAGUGCAGUAGGUAAGGAUCUGUUUGACAUAGUUUAGUUAGCCUAAAUAUACGUUGGCCGAUGAAGCCUUAAUGCGUAUUGGGUCUCACCAGGAAAAAGUCUUGAGGUCUUAACUUAACAGUAUCAGAUAUGGGGUGCAAAGCUCUCCUCCAGUCUUGAUGAAAUUCACUAUUUGCUCCA